GUUUAGCUUUCAUCAGCUUUCGUCUGCAACUUUAAACACGCUCGUGAACGGUUUUAGUCUGAUUUCUGGCUUAUUCGGCCUAUUUUAUCUAGAGAAGAUUAGUUUAUGGUUGAUAGAAGUACUAUCAUUAACUUCGUGUGGAGUAUAUACCUCUAAGUACAUAUUCUUGUUUAUUUUCCACAAGAUUGGAUUGUUAUGCUUUUUGUCCCAGGUAAGAUCUACCUUUAAUUUGCUCUUCUUUUUAAGAAGUAAACUCCCUUAGGGAGCUGUAACCGAAAAUUAGAAAGUAUAACAACAUUUGACGACUUUGUUUUCUAUUCUGUACGAAAAAUAUGAGUGAUUAGAAAUUGAACUAAUUUUUUUCCCUUUACAAAGCCUCUUAUGUUGUUUUAACAAUGCAAUCUAUUUAAAACACUAAAUCAAUUAAUUUUGGUCAAAGAACGUUUUUCAAUCAAACCUAAGCAAACGCCAUUACGUAAUCAGGAUACGUAACGCUCUUUGUUAAAAUCGCACACCUGUAAAACUGUUGGGGUGAUUCAUGUUUUUCCGGUGCUCGGCCUUAUCGAUUUCCCCUUUUUUUAUUGUAUAUUUAUAAAUCACUCGUACGCGGCCCCACGGUUAAUAUGAAACCAAUCGGCGACGGUUAGCAGAUUUAUUAUUCUCUUAUCUCACCUUUACAUAAACACAUUUCAAUAAAUAUUUGGAUAGAUAAAGAUAAAAGAAGGCAGUUCAUAAGCUAGCAUAGUAGCUGCCAAAGCUAUAAAAGGUAGAUAAUAAUUCAAUAAAUCUUCUAACAGUGGCGGCUUAAUAUAAUCAGGACAACUGUUUUCACGCUCCGCUACGAUUAAGGAGAGAAUUAGAAUCUCAAAAGUUUAAACAAUAACGAAGGGAGAGAAUGACGAAACUGAUAUUAAUAAAUUUAGUAUUUUAUUGUUUAUAUACUUUUAUCUUUGCUCAAAGUCUUUCGGAUAAACGUUAUUUUGUCGUUGAUUUGAAAUGGACUGGUGAUCUUUUUAAUUUAAGAGAAGAAGCAAACACAGACCAAGACAGAUUUACAAUAAGCGUACAAGGAGAUGAACAACUUUUUUCCGUUGACGAGAAGACGGGCGUUGUCCAGCGGAGAAAUGAUUGGGGAACAGAAGAAAGAGAGCUUUCAAUUCAAAUUAACAUAUCUCGCCAAUCAGUUGUUUUCACUCAAACUGUAAAUAUCAAAAUGGUAAGCCGUAUGAAUAUUAGAUAUCAUACGAUUCUGCUCAAAAAUCAACCAAAUCCUCUUAGAGGUACGGUCUGGUACUGGACUAGGCCGGGUACUGUAGUUAUGACUGUUGAAGCAAUUGAUUCAGAUUUCCAUAAGGAUGGGAAAUUACAAUAUGAACUAGCAGAUAAUGGAGAAGGUAGAUUCGGAAUUGAUAAUCUGGGAAACAUCUUUGUUAAAGGACGGAAACGUUUCAAUGGUCAAUAUAAUUUAGCUGUUUCUGUCUUUUCUAAAGGAACAAUCAGAACCAAUACUGAAAGGACUGUUGUUCAACCCAUUACGAUCUAUGCUGGAUCGAUAAGACCACAAUUCUAUCAGGAAAACUAUAACAUUAAUCUAGAUGAAAAUUUACCAAUUGGCUCUAGUGCUGCCAAAAUUGAAAUUAAAUCAUUUCAAGAUCUGAGAGUGGACUUAAAAGCGGAAGAAUUAGACACUAAAUUUUUUCAGUUAGCUCAGAUCUUAAAGAUACCUGGAAAAUCUACUUACGAAUUACGAAUUAAGCGACAACUCGUCUAUGGACGAGCUGAUACCCCUUACGUAUUCAGAUUCUUUUUAGUUGCAACAGAAGAAGUCAGCGAAUUUCGCACAAUGGCAGAAGCAGUCAUUACUUUGGUCGAUGUUAAUGAACCACCAUUUUUUACUGUUGAAAGGUAUGAGGACUAUAAUGUUGAUCCGUCUUCAUGGUCAGGUAUAGAAUUAACAGCAUUCGAAAGAGAUUUCGGGGCCCAAGGACAAAUACAAUGGAGUUUGGACGAUAGUGAUAACUUUGAGCUAACAGAAGGCCAAAGUGGUACAUACAAUAGAAGAAGUUGGACGAAGCGGCUAGUUAUAGCAGAUGGAAAUUCUGUUAAAUACGGAAAUUCUCCAGAUCAUUCAUAUACUGUUAAAGUAACUGCAACUGAUGCUGGAAGUCCUCCCCUUAACAAUACUAUUGACUGUAUUAUCCGUCUAAAAAAGAUGAACUCAGAACCACCAAAAAUGGAACCACCAGUACAAACUGUUAAAUUAUCAAAAUCUAUCGAACAAAGUUCAACAAAUCCCAUCUAUUACGUUCAAGCAUACGAUCCAGAUGGUAUGGCAAACGAGUUACCUUUUAAAUUUAGGCUUAAAAAUGAUUUUGGAGGUCUUUUUGGCAUAAAUGGAAAUACUGGUGCAAUAUACUUAGAACAGAAAUUGACAAAUCCCCAAGCUGAAUAUAUUCUUGAUAUAGAAAUAACGCAGGGUAAUCAGAAUAAUUUGAAUGCUGGUCGAGUCGUUCUGCAAUUAGUUAAUAUAAAUCAACCUCCCAAAUUUAUUGAUUGUAAAAGUUAUAUAAAUACUGUUGUGGAUGAAAAUGAAGAACCUGGAAAGGAAGUGGUUCAAGUUCAGGCAACAGACGAUGAUACGGGUCCAGCUGGUGAACUAACUUAUUCGUUUGUACAACGUGAUCAAGGAGAUGAGCAAUUUUUUGAAAUAGAUAAAACUACUGGAAAAGUGACAACGAAACGAAAAUUCGACAGGGAAAAACCUCCCAAUGGUCGAACAAAUCUAAGACUGACAGUUCAAGCAAGUGAUAAAGGAAAACCCCCACAGUCGACAAAUUGUUUCUUUUUUGUUAAGAUUGGUGAUGUAAACGAUCAGAGUCCGAAAUUUGACGUAGCAUCAACGGAAGGGGAAGGAUCGAAAUUUUAUGCUCCUUUUAACUUGCCCGACGGAUCAUUCAUAGCACAGCUUUACGCUUAUGAUCUUGAUGAAUUUGAUACAAGAAAUUCAAUAGUCAAAUAUAGUUUAACAAAUGUUUCCCCUGAAUGUACUAACUGCUUUAUUUUCUCUGAGGAAGGAGAAAAAUCUUUAAAUACUGCUAUGAUUCGAUCAAGAGGACUUACCAAUAAGCGAGGCGAAUAUGAGCUAACAGUAACAGCGGAAGACGAUGGAAUAGAUAAGAGAACUGCAACAACAAAAAUUAAAAUUAUAGUUACAGAGGAUGUUAAUUUUUAUCCACCAAAAAUAACAAAUUUGAACAACUUUAUAUCCCCCAAAUCAAUAAGCGAAACUUUAGUAGGUGGUUCGACAAUUGUUGAAGGUCAAGCAACGAACCACGAUAGUAAUGCUAUCCUCUUUGGAGUUCGGAGUGACUUAAUUCCAUUAUUAAACUCUAUGAAAACGUUUGGUUAUGAAGAUUUAGGUGGUGGCAAUUUUAAAAUCAUAUACAAUGUUGGUAAAACUCUGGACAGAGAAGUUCAACCUAAGUAUUUACUUAUUGUAACGAUAACUGGUACACAAGCUGCCAUUUCUGUAAGAGUACCUAUAACUUUAAUUGAUGAAAAUAACAAGAGCCCAGAAUUCCAAGGAAUGGAUAGUUCAGAUAACUAUCGUGUUCUUCUUCCUCAAAAUACAGCUAUUAAUAAUGAGAUUUUAUCAUUUAUUGCAACUGAUGAUGAUUCAGAAAGAAAUAACAACAAUAAAGUUUCUUAUACAAUAACGGGAUGCACUGAAUUGGAUUUGGAAACAUGUAAAAGGACAUUUAAGGUGUCCAGCAUAUUGAGUGAUGGAUUUUAUUUUGGUUCAUUAGUCCUUUCGGAAGAAAUAUCAGCAGAUCAGAUUGGUAAUCGAUUCAAAUUGGAUAUUGUUGCCGAAGACGGAUCCAAUUCAGCUUUCCCUGGAAGAGAUGGACCAAACAAAAAUAAAAAAUCUGUUAGAUUACAUGUGACAGGAAUAUCUUCGCAUUCUCCAAAGUUUCCAGUAGCCGACUAUACCUAUGAAACUGUUGAGCUCGCAAGUCAUGGACUUUCAAUAGCUAAUAUAACUGCCAAAACAUCUAGCGAACAAUAUGAUCAGUAUGUUGAGAAAACAUAUGCUAUUACUGGAGGUAAUGAAAAUAGAUGGUUUACAGUUGAUUCGUCAACGGGAAAUAUAUAUAUUGCCGGAAAUGGUCUUGUUAAUAUUGACGAUCUUCCUCAAAAUUCCAGAAAAGUUAGUCUGGAAUAUAAAGUAUUCGAUGGAGCUGUUCAGUCGGACGUAAUAGUUAUUAAUAUAACUAUCAAUGACAUCAACAAAUAUGUCCCAUACGUUACACCUAAUUUUGACGAAUUUACUAAUUAUAUUGAAAUGAAUGCUCCUGCAGGUACAAUUGUUUAUACAUUUGAAUCCAAAGAUCCUGAUCUGAAAAGAAGUUCUCAACCAAACUAUGAGAACCAUUGCGUAACUAUUCCCCAAAGGUGGAGGGAUUAUUUUAAGGUUGAGAAAGAUACUGCUAAUAAUGCAAAAAAUAGAUGGAAUAUUCUUCUAAAUAAGCCUUUGGAACGAGAUUAUUAUGAUGGCUAUGAUCGCUGGGUUAUGAAUGUUCAGGUUAAAGAUGAGUGCGAUAGACCAGCUACAUCAAAAAUUGGAUAUGGAACUUUUACUAUUUUACCUGAAGAUAUCAACAAUCAUAGUCCUAGGUUUUUACCAGAGUGUUUAAAAUUGAACGUAGACGAAGAGGCGACCGUACUCACUAAUGUGAAAGAUUUUACCGUAUGCACAUACGAUGUCGACUUUGGACUUAAUGGACAAAUUAAUGAAAAUAGUUUCAAAACUGAAGGAAGUAGAUUUUUCAAAUUUAAUCGUGGAUUACUACAAGUUAACGAGACCAUUCCGAAAAGAUAUGCUAAUAGACCCGAAACUUUGUCAUAUUCAUUUGUAGUUAAGGUUAAAGAUUUGAGUGGCCUAUCCUCAAAUGGGGUUAAAGUUACUGUUUACGUUAACGAUAUAAAUAAUAACCCUCCACAAUUUACUAACAAUGAUCAAAUGGUUAUUGAGAUGGAUGAGGAACUACCAGUUGACACUGUUGUUUAUACACUGUUAGCCGAAGAUAAAGAUAUCGACGAAAAUGCCUUACGGAAAUACUCGAUUGUUGGAUCAUCGCCCUUCUACAUAGAUUCACUCUAUAGUCAGGGCGGUGGAGCGAUACGUGUAAGGGAAAGGAUCGAUUUGGAAACUGGAGUUAGCUCUUAUAACUUUCAAGUUCUCGUUGAACAUCCAGAUAGAGGAAUAACAAGCAGUAGAGAUGUCACUGUACAAGUUGUAGGUGUCAAUGAUAAUGCUCCUAACAUAACAACUAUGAGCGGAAGAUAUUCUUUGACUAUACCGGAAAAUACUGAAGUUUCAAACAAUAACUUGGAAACAUUUAUUGGCUCCGAUAGUGAUGGAGAUACUUUUGAUUGGUUUAUUGAUUAUGAAAACUCUGACGUAUCGAGAAGGUUCAAUAUUGUGAAACGGGAUAAUGUAAACGCUGAUUUGAAAUUGAUAAGAGAAUUAGACAGAGAAACUAUAGAUAAUUUCUCUCUGGUUAUUAUGGCUGUUGAUAACGGAUCGCCUCCAAAAACUGGAUCUUUAACCUAUUCCAUAAUUGUUGGAGACGUUAACGAUAAUGCUCCGGAAUUUGCAGUCGAUAAAGAAAUAAUUGUUCCUGAAGAGCAGACUAUCGGGUACGAAUUGGAUGCGGUAAUUAGAAUUACUGAUAGAGACUCUGAAGAUAAUGGUGGUCCUUUUACAAUUGAAAGAACCUCGUGCUCAAAUGAAAACUCAGCUUGUUCGAGUUUUGAUUUGGAAAGAAAGGGAGACAACACUUAUAGAAUUAAAACAAAAAAGCCUACUUAUGACAGAUAUGCAACGAAAGAAUAUUAUCUACCCGUCGUGAUUAGUGAUUCUGGAACACCACCCAAAACAGGGACGUCAACUCUAACGAUUGUUGUUGAAGGUCUUAAUAAAAGUCCACAGGAGCGGGGAGCAACCAAAUACGUAACAGUUUAUAACUACAAGUAUAUGCUACCAGACACUUCUAUUGGAACACCCUAUUCUGUUGAUAAAGAUGACUGGGAUUUAAAAGACAAAGAAUUUACAAUAUUGAACCAUAAUAAAUAUUUCGAAGCUGUUAACGAUAAUACACGAGAAGAUCAUGGUCAUAUUAUACUAAAGGAAGGAACAAAGGCAGCAAAAUAUGACUUAGAUAUAAGAAUAUCUGACAAUUCUCGAAAAGGCGAUGUUGUCGAAUCAAAGAUGAUCGUCAAUGUUAUUUAUAUAAACGAACAAGCUGUUAAGAGUCCUGGCUCUAUGACUCUAACUGGAAUAACAGCUAAACAAUUUAUUGCAGGAGAAGACAAUAAAAGAGAUAAACUAAGAAAUUCUCUUGCUUCAAUUCUGGGAACUUCAACAGAAAAUGUUGAUAUCUUCAGUAUUUAUGAUUCUGAUAAAGAUACGACUCAAAUUUUAUAUGCAGCCCACGGUUCUCCUUGGUACGAUAAAUCGAGAUUAGAUGGAUUAGCAAGUGAAAACAGGGAAAAGCUGGAAGCCAAUGCCGGAAUUAAAAUAAGUCAAAUACCUAUUGAUGAGUGCGAAGGUGAUUCGCUAUGUUACGUUGGAGGAUGCGUUACUAAAUUCGACAUUAAAAGCAAAGAUACUAUGAUUUUAAAUACAAACUUUUCUUCUCAAGCUCAAAUUAGUGCUAGAGCGAAAAAAGUUUGUGAGUGUGCUGCUCAAUAUGUUGACGAUGCUCUUGGAUCAUGCACUUUCGAUUAUUGUAUGAACAAUGGAACAUGUAUGGACAAAUAUACUCACCCCGACGAAGUCUCGGGAGAGCCUGUAUGCAAAUGCUUGCCUGGGUUUGACGGAAAACGAUGUCAGCAGUUAGAUCAUUCGUUUAAUGGAAAUGGCUGGGCUUGGUAUGAACCCCUAUCGUUGUGUGUGGAAGAUAUGCUUUCUAUCGACAUAGUUACCAAAACUGGAACGGGUCUGCUAUUUUACCAAGGACCUCUCUCGACAGAUGAUUCAAAGGACUAUUUAGCAUUGGAAUUAAAUAGUGGAAGACCCAAAUUGACAGUACAGCAUGACAAUGAACGAGUUAUAUUAAACGUGCCGAAUGCUAGGAAUUUAGCCGAUGGAAAGUGGCAUUCGCUCCAAGUUAGUAAAGCUCCAACUGACAGAAGAAUGGUGAGGUGGACCCUAAUGGUUGAUAACUGUAAAGAUGCUUCGGUUGACGAGAAUAUCGAUAAUUCUACGGAAAAUGACAGCGGUUGUAAAAGCUUCAAAGAUGUUAUAACAUCAAGAAGUUAUCUUGAUAACAACAAUCCAUUACAAUUGGGCGGAAGGAAAUCAGUGAACUUUCCUGCUGGUAUAGUAAAAAAUGGUUUCAAUGGAUGCAUGAAAAAUUUGAGACACAACGGAGUUGUGAGAGAUCUCUAUACUGGAAAGAGAAGAGAACAAUCAUCAUCAACCGAUGGAUGCCCAUCAAUUUCAAACAAGUGUUUAGAUUGCGGAGGCAAUGCCACUUGUGUUGGAGAUUUAACAUCGUCAGCUGCAUCUUGUGUCUGUAAACCAGGAUUCACUAAUUCACCCUCUUGUAACGAAAGAACUGAUUCUAGAAAAUUGAAAGAAAAAGCUUAUAUAUCUUGGAAUCUUAAAGAUCAGUUCAACACAACUAUUUCAACAACGGCUUCGAGAAGAAAUCAACGUAUUCAGUUACGUUUCCGAACCAGAAAGGAGGAAGGAACUAUCUUUUCAACUUCAAGUUUCUCCACUUUAGAACAAAUCAUUCUCAGUGUUUCUAAUGGAUAUUUAAAAUUAUUGUACGAUUUAGGUUCGGGAUAUAAUACUUUAUCUUUACCUUAUGUAAAAGUCAAUGACGGUAUUUGGCAUACUGUUGUAUUCGAACGAUUCGGUAAUGGUGGUUCUCUAUUAUUGGACGACGGUGACGCUCCUAGAUUCUUUGUUCAAAACUUUCAAAGAGAUUCUCAUAGAUUAAUUGCCAUUGAGGGUUUAGAUAUUUCAUCUGGCGCUAUGUUGCAAAAGAGAAUGUAUCAUAACUUACCAUCUGCGAAAGAUUUUUUCCAAGAAUCUUGUAUAAGCGAUGUCCAUUACACUUGGUCAGGUUCGCAGACUACUACACUGCCUUUGAAUGAAAAUUCCAACAACGGGGGUGCCACCUAUGUUAAUAGGGUAAAUACCGACGAAGGCUGUCCUUCAGGAAUAACUUGUACAUCAGACGCCUGCCCUUCGGAUGCCACUUGCGUGGAACAUUGGGAAGCAAGAACUUGCUUUUGUGGAAUAGGCAAAAACUUUUCGUCAAAUAGUUGUGUAGCAGUUACAAAUUGCGCUGUUCCGCAAUGCCUCAACGGAGGUUUAUGUGCUGUGUUCUCUAAUAAUUGGGUAUGUCAUUGCUCUGAAAACUACGAAGGAACCAGAUGUGGAAUUGAACCAGGCGGUGUUGUUGAUAAUAGUACUGGAUUAGCUACUGGAGGUAUAGUGGGAAUCAUAUUAGCAAUACUAAUUGCAUUAGCUCUAUUCCUUGUACUUGCUAUUUGGUUGAAGAAAAGAAAGGCACCAGAAAAAGUCAUAAUUGAUCAUCCGGAAACGGAUGAAAAUGAAUUCUGCUAUAACUACACGGAGGAGGGAGGAGGUGAAGAGGAUACUGCUAAUUUUAGUACUGCUGAAUUGCGAAAAGCAGUCAGUGAAACUCCAUUCGAACCGAAGAAAGUAUCAGCAAUCAAUGUCGGAUUUGUUCCCGAGGAUUCUCCAUAUCGGACGUCGCCUGUAUCUCCCUACGGACCAGAUGGUAAACCAAAAAAUUUAGGAGACUUUUUGAGCGAUCGCUUAACACAAGCUGACAAUGACCCUACUGCCCCGCCAUAUGAUACAGUUAGGGAGUACGAAUACGAAGGUGGAGCCUCGCAAGUGGGCUCACUUAGUUCCUUAGCUUCCGGUUCAACGGAUGCCUCUAUAGACUACGAGCCAUAUAUGCAGGGACCUAGAUUUGACAAACUUAGGGAUAUAUACUCUGGAAACGACGAUGCAGACGAUAUUCCAAUCGAUGAGUCCCUAGCAUAA